AUGCAGGUGCCGCUUGAAGAAACAACCUUGGAUGAACCUGUGAUGGAGACGCUGAAACGAGAGCUGCGGACGAUAGGGGACAAGAUGUGGAAGGUUGCUCUACCUGGAAGCGACUCCAAGAAGGAGCUCAAGAACUGGGAUUUGUGGGGCCCUCUUUUCCUUUGCCUUAUCCUCGCCAUCACAUUGAGCAGCGGGAGUUCUCAUGCUCAUGGGAUGGGAGACGAGGACGAGUCAGCUCCUGUCUUCGCCUCCGUCUUCGUCAUCGUCUGGUGCGGUGCAGCAGUUGUCACUGUGAAUGCUGUCUUGCUGGGAGGGACAGUGUCGUUCUUCCAGAGUAUCUGUGUAUUGGGGUACUGCGUCUUCCCGCUGGUGAUUUCUGCGCUGAUCUGUAUGACUGUGGGCUGGAUGAAAUGCAAGAAGACAGCAUGUGUUCUUGUUAGGUUUGGAAUGACUGCCAUCGGUCUUAUUUGGGCGUCACGCGCUUCUGUUGGCUUCCUCAACGAAGUUGUAUCUCCAAAACGAGCUGCCCUGGCGGCUUAUCCGGUUUAUCUUUUCUACACGGCCAUCGCCUGGAUCAUUCUUAUUCGAUCUUCUCCUUAA